AGUGUCUUUUUCAUGCCUCUUGGUCCUGCCAGACUGAGUUUCACGAGCAGGCUCGUGACCCGUCACCAUUGUCUUGCAGCUGCGACAUCAAUAUCAGCGUCUUCCGGCUGCCCUAUCCAAGGCCGGUGUCGCUCAUCCUCUUCCUCGUUUUCCUCCGCCCUGACACCAUCUACACCCAAAGCCACCAUGUCUACCACUCCUCACUAUCCUCCUCCAACUCCGACCCAGACCACCUCCGCUCCGAUGCCACCAGAAGCAGGAGAUUACACGUCUUAUUCGAACUCGGAACUCAUUUCUCGCAUAUCACAUCUCGAAUCGCAACUGCGCGAGCAGACGACUCGGUUGGCCCAAUUCACAUUUUCAGAUGAUGACAGUAAUGGGCCUUGUACGACGCAUCAUCUCGGUGGCUUGAUCCCGAAACGUCACCGCUCUCGAGAGCGACGACGGUCGAGACGCAGUCGCAGUCGCAGUCGGACCCCGUCUCCGUCACGGCGAGCCCGACCGUUCGAUGCGAGCGCGUACUCGACGCGGCGAAUAGCCCUGAAGUUCGCGUACCUGGGUCACCGGUACAAUGGGUUCGAGCACGCCAACGGCAACGUCACGCCGGCCCCGACGAUCGAGGAGGUCUUGUGGAAGGCCCUCCGCAAGGCGAGGCUGAUCAGCCCCUCUCUGGCGGACGGGGCCGACACGAGCGUCGACGUGGUGUGGGGAGAAAAGGAGAGACUGGCAAGAUAUACUCGCGGAGACAAUCCCUCGGACUACGAUGAAACAAAAGUCCGGCUGGACCUGAGUUGGGACGGGUGCGAGUAUAGCAAGUGCGGACGUACGGAUAGGGGAGUGAGUGCGUUUGGGCAGGUGAUCGGGGUGCGUGUCAGAAGCAACAAACCCAUCGAGAAACGGUCUGAGGACGCUGCCCGGAGCCAGAAGAAGAGAGGCGGAAAAGAAGAACCAGGAGUUCAUCAUCAAUCAGAGGAAGAGCAAGAAGGAGAACAAGACAUGUUUGGAAUGAUGGUGGGGGAUUCAGAAAAUGAAUCGGAAACAGAAUCAAAAACCGAGACAAAGUCUUUUGACCCGGUCAAGGAUGAGUUGUCCUACAUAUCUAUCUUGAACGCCAUUCUGCCGGCUGAUAUCCGCAUGUUGGCGUGGUGUCCGAAUCCGCCGCCGACGUUUGACGCGCGUUUCUCCUGCCGCGAGAGACGAUACAAGUAUUUCUUCACAAACCCGGCAUUUUGUCCGACGCCCGGAGCGUUGGGCCUCAAGAAGAAUGACAGUGGUAUUCGUGAAGGGUACCUAAACAUUGAGAAGAUGCGGAUUGCAGCCAAAAAGUUGGAAGGGUUACAUGAUUUUCGAAACUUGUGCAAGAUCGACGCGAGUAAACAGAUGCCCAACUGCGAGAGAAGGGUGACGUUUGCCGACGUGGUCAAGUUUCAUGAAGAUGACCACAACAAUACACCACCAUUCGCCGCGUCAGUAAUGAGUCAGUUCGGGUUUGAUAGUAUUACUUCGACAGGCGUCAACAAGGCCGGGGCCCGGCCGGAAGUAUACACUUUUUGUGUACACGGGACUGCAUUCCUGUGGCAUCAGGUACGAUGUAUGGUGGCUAUAUUGUUUCUUGUCGGUCAGGGCUUGGAGCAACCGAGUAUCGUGGACGAAUUGCUCGACAUCGAAAAGAACCCCGGUAGACCGAUGUACGAAAUGGCGGACGACGCACCAUUGGUUCUCUGGGAUUGUAUCUUUCCAGAUGACGAUUCAAAAAUGGUCGAUUCUCUGGACUGGCUGUAUGCGGGUGACAAAAGGACGUUGCCUUCUCUGACGACCAAAGGAGACGGCAAGUUCGGCGCGGGUGGUGUCGUCGAUGAGUUGUGGACCGUGUGGCGCGAGGCCAAGAUGAAGGAGAUACUGGCCGGGAGUCUGCUCGACUUGGCCAUCGGACAGGGCGACGGGAGUUCGUUGCGGAGAGGAGCCCAGAAGGACGCAAAUCACCCUCCUAGUCGGAGCCAGAAGUUGUUCCAGGGUGGUGACAAUGCGAGGAUCGCUGGUAAAUACGUCCCCGUCAUGCAGAAGCCGAAAAUGGACACUUUGGAAGCAUUGAACGCAAAGUUUGCCAAUGGGAAAAAGGUCCGACGUGAUGCCAGGAAUGGUGUUGUAUAGUCGGUAGAUGAAGAGAGUUACAGAGCGCCAUACCAGCUUAGCUACCCGGUACCUGGUAGUUUGUUGGAUGAAGC